AUGGGUGGCUUCGCCGCCAACAAGGAGGUGCUCACGUCAGAAGCGUGGUCGGACCGGCGCGACCUGAUGCGCCGGUGGUCAUUCCGCCGCAGCGUCCGGCAGAGCACCGAGUAUUCGACGUUCCACUUUGUGCUCAGCUCCCGUCGCGUCGUCAUUGUUUUCCUGCCCGUGCGGAUCACGGACGCUGAGCCUCCUUAG